GUUGCUGCCGGAAGAGUCUGAUGCUUCUGCCGAAAGCUCUAGAUCCAGCAUGGCUGGCAGCAUGUUGAUACGAGAUUGUUGCCGAACGGCAGUUUCUUUGUUGAGGGGGUCGUCCGGAGUGGGGCGCCUUAACAGAUGCACCAUCGCCCGAACGAAGCAAUUUUAUUCCGUUGGUAACUUCUCAACGAGUAGUCCUUCUGUACGACAUUGGAGACGAGUAGCUGGCAGUAGUUGGACGCUCAGCUGUCCAGCAACGGGCGAUGUUAUCGACUGCACCCAGCGGAGGCAUCUUCGGGGCUUCGGGAACAGGAGCGGUGGUGGUAACAACAACAGCAGCAGUAGCAGCGCAUAUUCAAAUGAUGACAACCCUGAUAGCAGCGGAGGGGACGAAUCGGGGGACGCGGGAGAAGGAGGGGGCUAUGCUGCCCCAGUGAUGACAGCGCUAACCCCGAUGACAGUGCCUGAAGUUUUCCCCAACGUGCCUCUCAUUGCCGUCUCCAGGAACCCCGUGUUCCCUCGCUUCAUCAAGAUCAUCGAGGUGAAGAACAAAACCCUCAUGGACUUGUUGAGAAGGAAAGUUCGGCUUGCCCAACCAUAUGCCGGUGUGUUUCUCAAGAAGGAUGACAGCAAUGAGUCGGAUGUGGUGGGCAGCUUGGAUGACAUUUAUCAUACUGGAACGUUUGUGCAGAUCCAUGAGAUGCAGGACCUUGGAGACAAGUUGCGCAUGAUCGUUAUGGGACACCGCAGGAUCCGUAUCAACAAGCAGUUGGACCCUGAACUAGAAGAACAGCAGCAGCUGGAUGCAGAUGAUAAUAAGCAGAAGGCACGCAGGAAGAACAAGCGCCCCAAAAAGGAAUUACAGGACCUUGGAGAAGCCAUGGAAGAGAAGGUGCAACAAGUAGAACUUGUUAUUGAACCAGUGGAAGCACAAGCCAACCCAGAGGUUCUCAUGGUGGAAGCAGACAAUGUUGUCCAUGAGGACUUCCAGAUUACUGAGGAAGUCAAGGCUCUGACUGCAGAAAUUGUCAAAACUAUCCGGGACAUCAUUGCCUUGAAUCCAUUAUACAGAGAGUCAGUGCUACAGAUGAUGCAGGCUGGGCAAAGAGUUGUUGACAAUCCCAUCUACCUGAGUGACAUGGGGGCAGCACUGACUGGUGCAGAGUCACAAGAGCUUCAAGACGUCUUAGAAGAAACCAAUAUCCCAAAGAGGCUGUAUAAAGCUCUGUCUCUCUUGAAGAAGGAAUUUGAGCUCAGCAAACUCCAGCAGAGACUUGGCAGAGAGGUUGAAGAGAAGAUAAAGCAGACCCACCGCAAGUACCUCCUGCAGGAGCAGCUGAAAAUCAUCAAGAAGGAGCUCGGCCUAGAGAAAGACGACAAGGAUGCCAUUGAGGAAAAGUUUCGUGAGCGGCUGAAAGAUCUACAGGUGCCCAAGCACGUCAUGGAUGUAAUUGAUGAAGAGCUAAACAAAUUAGGCCUUUUGGAUAACCAUUCUUCGGAAUUCAAUGUAACUCGGAAUUACCUGGACUGGUUGACUUCAAUGCCCUGGGGAAAAUGCAGUACGGAGAACCUGGAUUUGAUCAGAGCAAAGGAGGUCCUGGAAGAAGACCAUUAUGGAAUGGAAGAUGUGAAAAAACGCAUUCUGGAGUUCAUUGCGGUGAGUCAACUUAGGGGUUCAACACAGGGCAAGAUCCUGUGUUUUUAUGGGCCCCCUGGAGUGGGAAAAACCAGCAUCGCCAGGUCCAUCGCCAGGGCGUUGAACCGAGAGUACUUCAGAUUUAGCGUGGGUGGAAUGACUGAUGUGGCAGAAAUCAAAGGACACAGGAGAACAUAUGUUGGAGCCAUGCCGGGAAAAGUAAUUCAGUGCCUUAAGAAGACAAAAACGGAGAAUCCCCUAGUCCUUAUUGAUGAGGUUGAUAAGAUUGGCCGGGGCUUCCAGGGUGACCCUUCAUCUGCUUUGCUAGAACUUUUAGACCCUGAGCAGAACUCAAACUUCCUGGAUCAUUAUCUUGAUGUUCCAGUUGACUUGUCCAAGGUGUUGUUCAUCUGCACUGCCAAUGUCACUGACACUAUUCCUGAGCCUCUCAGAGAUCGGAUGGAGAUGAUCAACGUUUCAGGAUAUGUAGCACAAGAGAAGCUGGCUAUUGCUGAGCGAUACCUAGUCCCACAACUGAGAGCACUGUGUGGACUGGAUGAGGAGAAGACGAGCAUCACAUCAGAGGCACUAACAGUCCUCAUUAAACAAUACUGUCGCGAGAGUGGUGUGCGAAACUUACAGAAGCAAGUAGAGAAGGUUUUCAGAAAGUCAGCGUUUCGCAUUGUGAAUGGGGAGGCCACCUCUGUCCAGGUGACGGUAGAAAAUCUCCAGGAUUUUGUGGGCAAGCCCAUCUUCACUGUGGACAGGAUGUAUGACAUCACACCUCCAGGGGUUGUAAUGGGAUUGGCAUGGACUGCUAUGGGUGGAUCCACUUUGUUUAUUGAGACGUCCUUACGCAGACCACUUGCCAAAAGAGGUAAGGAGGAGAUCAAAGAAGGGUCUUUGGAAGUGACAGGUCAGCUGGGAGAUGUCAUGAAGGAGAGUGCGAAGAUCGCUUAUACCUUCGCCAGGUCAUUCUUGAUAAAGGAGGAUCCAGAAAACGACUUUCUGGUAUCAUCCCAUCUGCAUUUGCACGUUCCUGAGGGUGCCACCCCAAAAGAUGGUCCCAGCGCUGGCUGUACUAUCAUCACAGCACUUCUCUCUCUGGCUAAAAACAAGCCAAUCCGACAAAAUGUAGCCAUGACUGGCGAGGUGUCCUUAACUGGGAAGAUACUGCCAGUGGGUGGAAUCAAGGAGAAGACCAUUGCGGCGAGGAGAGCCGGAGUGCAGUGUAUCCUCCUGCCAGAAGAAAACCAGAAGGACUACUCGGACCUUCCUGAGUUCAUCACUGAAGGCCUGGAGGUGCACUUUGUAGAACACUACCGGCAGAUCUACGACAUUGUGUUUUCGACAGACUGAGUUGUCGUUCAAACCUAGCGAGGGUCUGGGAGGGGCACCCGCACAACACCCCCCGGGCGGGUCUACAGUUCUGUCUGCAAGCGUCGUGCUGAACUCAAGGACCACGAGAGGGAUGGGCGCACCGGAAGGACCCCCUUUUCUUUUUUUUUUUUUAAGAAUUUCAGAACCCGUGAAGCCUUGUAGCUUUAGACAUCAAUUCCAUUAGCUCAGUAAAGGCCGUCGAUCUGGCAGCUGCCUUAAUGAAGUCUGUGGCAGUGACUUUUUUAAAAAACUUUCUUUGCACGUUUCAGCAUCUCAUUAUGGAAAACGGGAUACAAAAAUUGGAUCAUUUUGGAACUGAAAGGCGGAAGCUCCAAGUUAGGAAGGCAGACGGACGUUCUGUGGAGAUGCAAUCUGUUUAUACAUUCAUGCCCUGAUGGAGCCUCAAAACCCAUUUUUUAGGUGCGUGUCCCAGACCACCAGAGGGUCCGGGAAUCGAAAGAAUCAAAGGUAAUGCUACCACGUAGUGCGGACUUCAGCACAUACUGUAGCUGUAUAGUAAAUUUCAAUUUUUGUAUUUAAAAGAAAACACAAGUACUGUCCAGCUUUAAUAUUAAACUAUGUAUUCCAUAUUUUUCUGCGAUUACUGCAUCUAAACAAGUCCAUUUUUGUUAAAACCAACGUGCUUCGCUGUUCUUUUCUGCUCUUUCUGCAGACGCAGUGAAGCAGGGCUGACCUUGACAGGAGAGAUUCCUUUUACAGUAAUCCCUCGCUACUUCGCGGUUCACUUUUCGCGGAUUCACAACUUCGCGGAUUUUAUAUGUAAGCAUAUCUAAAUAUAUAACGCGGAUUUUUCGCUGCUUCGCGGGUGUCUGCGGACAAUGGGUCUUUUUACUUCUGGUAUUUGCUUCCUCAGUUGGUUUGCCCAGUUGAUUUCAUACAAGAGAUGCUAUUGGCGGAUGGCUGAGAAGCUACCCAAUCAGAGCACGCAGUUAAGUUCCUGUGUGCUGCUGAUUGGCUCAGCGACGGAGUGCUGCAUCAACCAGGAAGUCUCAUCUCACACAUUCAGCAUUAACGUGCUCCUGCAUUCAGGGGAUUAUCACCUUCAUCAUCAUCAUUUUUACUGCGCAGCAUAUUCAUCACCAUCAUCACGUCAUAUAUAGCUACGUGUAAUUCGCUAUACAGUAAGUGUAAACUUAUCUACCGAUUUCAUAUUGCUUAGCAGUUGUCCCUGUUUUUAAUAGAGUAAAUGGUGGGUUGUAAACAAUACAGGGAGGGUUUAAAAACGUCCAAAUACACGUUAAGUAAUUAAAUAAAUAUGGUGUCCCUACUUCGCGGAAAUUCAGUUAUCGCGGUCGGCCUUGGAACCUAUCUCACCGCGAUAAGUGAGGGAUUACUGUAUUGCUUUUUCAUGUCUGCCCAUCCGUGUGGUGCCCCUGCUUCAGCUGUUUUAGCAACACUCUAAAUAAACUUGGAGGUCACUUUGUACAUUUCACUCCAGGUUCAAAUUUAGGGAAAACUGGUGGCUCUCUGGCUAAGGAUCUGCUCUGGUUGCCAUUUCAAAUCCCAGUACUGCCAGAAGGGGUCCUUAAUGUGUUGGGCCACUGAGUAAGACCCUUAACCUGACGAUUGUACAAUGGCCGACUCUGCGCUCAGACCCCAAAACGGUCAUGCAAAAAGACAUUUCUCUUUGGGGAUUAACAAAGUACAACAAAUUUCAUCAAAAUAAAUACAUAUUUUAUUAUGAUCUUUGUGGUGCAGCCUUAGCAUUAGUAUCGGGAAACUACAAAAAGUCACCACGCGUUCAGGGUGUCAUGAAGUCGUGGCCGCCUACUGCGAAUGGAUGUAGGACGCUUCAUGGCUACUUCUCAUGUCUUACACCAAGGUGGGACAAAGUCUUAUCCUAGUGUGACUUUUAGUGCCAUUCCUAUGAGCAAGUCUGCCAUGCUUGACGACUAUACGCCCACAAUGGCCCACAUUUCACCCAUGGUGGUCCUCCUCCUCUCAUAUCUCUGAGCAGUAUUUGCCUCCAUUGUGGUCCAAACCAGGAGGACUAACCUGUUGUCCAGUUGUGGUGCUCAGACAUUGCUGUCCAGGUUAAGAAAUUCAGUAUGUGUUUCCACAUGAGAAGUAGAAUUGUGUGUGCCAUUUUGAAUGAGAGUGUUUCCCAAAUUAAAACACUUUUUCACUUUUGGUUAAUCGUGUCUAACAUAGAGAACUGGGUGUAGUGUUGUCUUAAAAUACAUCUUUUGAAAUUAAAAGUGAAUGUGACCCUGAAAAUAUUAUUACUGUUCAGCCGACUAAGAAGCAGCUAUUCAGAUGACCUCUCGAUUGUAACGCUGUUAGAAACUCCAAUUUCAUUAACAUACUAAUGAAAUAUUUUGAAACUC